CAUAAAGAGAGAAACGGAACUUCCAAUUCCUAGGGAGUUGUUCACUGUUCUGGGUGAAUGAAAAGGAGGAGGAGGACGGAAUAAUAUACUCCCGGCGGCGUUUCUGAUCCGACAGAAGUUGUUAUCAAUGGAACUGGUUGGACGCGAAGUAGCCCAUCCAGGCGUUGCCAAUGAUUUCAAUGAUGAGGAUGCUAAAAAAUACUACACAUAUUACCAGUGGGUUUGCUUUGUUUUGUUCUUCCAGGCAGCGGCAUGUUAUUUACCAAAAUUCUUAUGGGAUGCCAUUGAGGGAGGUCUGAUGCGAACACUUGUAAUGGGUCUAAAUGUUGGAAUUUGUAGAGAAGAUGAAAAAUGUGCAAAGAAACAAGCUAUGAUAGGAUAUGUUUUAAAAAGAUUAAGGAGACAUAAAUUGUACGUGCUUCGAUACUUUGCCUGUGAAGCAUUGUGUUUAGUAAACAUAGUGAUUCAACUCUGGAUGAUGAAUCGAUUCUUCGAUGGUGAAUUCUUUUCUUAUGGUUGGAGAGUAAUGAAGUUUUCCGACACCCCACAAGAACAGCGUUUUGAUCCAAUGGUGUACGUCUUCCCUAGAGUAACGAAAUGUAUUUUUCAUAAAUUUGGUGCAUCUGGAAGUAUCCAAAAACACGAUUCUCUUUGCAUACUUCCAUUGAACAUAGUUAACGAGAAAACUUAUAUUUUCAUAUGGUUCUGGUUUAUAAUAUUGGCUGUAAUGCUUGUUGGGUUAGUAAUUUACAGGUUGAUGAUCAUUUUUAUGCCAUCUGUUCGAGUACAAUUGUUGAAAACAAUUAACAGAAGUGUUCCUCGAGAAGCAGCUCAAGGAAUUGCUCAGAAGACAGAUCUAGGGGAUUGGUGGGUUAUUUAUAUGCUAGGUGGCAAUUUAGAUCCUCCAAUUUUCAAAGACGUUGUAGCUGAACUCGCUAAGCAGAUUGAACCACCUAAAAGAAAUGGAAAACUUUGAUUUUUUUUCAAGCCGAUACUAGUUAUAGCAACAAGACAUAAAACUGCCAUUUUUCCAGCAACAUAUUUCAUAAAAGCACAAUGUAAACAAGCACUGCAUAGGGACGUAGCGUUACAUCGUGCUGCCAUCUGUUUUUUUUAAGUACAAGAGUGGAAAAGUGCUGAGUCAUCGUCUAAAAAUAGACGGCGUCCUAUCUCGAAUCCCUGAAGUCGAUAAAGUAGUCGGUUUCGAUGGAGAAACGGUGGAAAACGUGGUCUAAAAAUAGCGACGCCAUCACCCUACACAGUCAUUUACAGGGUCAGUUGAUGGGCAUAAUCUGGGUGCAGAAUAGUUGUCCGCAAAGCGGCCUCAAUUUAGAACUGUCAAAGCGGAACCAAUUUACUGUUCGCAUAAUUAUACCAAGAAGUGGCAAGUAUUGUGAUCGAUCUUAAAUUUAUUUAGUCAGGAAUAAAAAAAAAUCGAUGACUAUUGAGGUAUUCGAAGUCAAAACAUCUUAAUAAGAGGUUUGAAAUCGAGUUUGGCAUAAUUCGUCGCUAAAAUUUCAUAAUCGCUAUGUCUACAAAAUCUAUGUUUAUGACGCUUUUUUAAAUGUUAGCGACGAAUUAUCAAUAACUAUCAAUAGUACUUUCCAAAUAAUAUUGGAUACUCCGAUAUUAUCACUACACAUCAAAGAUACAUAAUCUCGGAACUUCCAUUCGGUUGCUCUUCUGAUUCACGAAAUUCCACCCACUUUUGACACAAUUUUUCAUCACGUGGAAAACAAAAAAGGCCUCUUUUGGCCGCCCAUCGUUUAGUCUACGAAGAAAAAAGUGCGAAGCACUUAAUUUUUCAUCGAAAACAUCAACAUCAACAGAUCCAAAAUGUUUUAUAAUAAUUCACUUCAGCAGCAAAAAAUAUGUCACGCUUGAGCUUGAACAUAGCCUUCUACUUUGUUUAUGUCACGGGGAUGCUUCGGCUGUCAUCUGCAUACAAUGUCACUGAAGCCUAAAAAGUACCAAAGUUUUGGUGUCUAGUGUCAAAAUUAUGGGAAGUAACAUGACGAAAAGGGCGCAAAAUCGAAAGGACGAAAAAAUUUUUUUUUCUUUAUUUUUGUUUCGCUAGUUAAAAUGAAAUUAAAUGUGUACCAUUAUCCGGGGCAAAUCGAGACACAUGGGGUGAAUUGAGAAGUGAUUUUAGCAAUGUUUUUGCACAAUAUUUGAAUAUUUUUUAUUUGUUUCAGUAGGAAUAAAACAACAAAAUUAGUUUCUAAAUUUGAACUUUUAUAUCUAAAAACAGCUGUUUAUAGAAGGCUUUCUUGUCGAAAAUUUAACAACACAUUCAAAUCAAGUUUGUACGGUUUGUUUUUAGCAAAAUACAUCGGUGUGUGCCUCAAUUCAACUCCACAAUAUGGUAGCAAAAACCGUGAUUGGGCUUUCAGUGUAUGAUGAUUUAAGUAUUAUCUAGCUUUAAACUUAAUGGUACGAUGAAUUGUUUCAGGUGGAAACUUUUGCUCGGAUAUCCCAUUUUUUGGAGAUGGAUUUAUCAAAUUCUAGUUCCUGAGCCAAUUUCAAAAUAACAUGUAUUAAAAUGUUUAUAUUUAUCCAUUUACACUCUUUACUAAACUAAAAUUUAAAGAAAUCACCGAUUCACAUUUAUUGGAAACUAGGUUCAUAUCCAACAAUACGCAAUGUCAACCGACAAGAGCAGAUUCUUAUUUUCUUUUUACUUUAAUUUUUAAAGAGUAGGCAUAAAUGGAUGAAAAUCAACUUUUUAGUUCUUACAAUGAGCUUCAGUUCGAAAUGUCGAAAAUUGCAAUUCUUUUAACCGAAAUGCUUAUAACUUCCGUUAGAUUUGAACAAUUGGGAUGCUUCAUAGUGCUCAUAUUUAGCCCAGAUGUUAGUUAUAUAAGUUCAAACAACCCCUGAAAUUCGGGCAGAUUGGUGAGCUCCACAAUGUCCCUAACAAUGUCCCUGUUCGUGGACUCGCUCUUAAGGUUUCCAAACAACAUGGAUGAGCUCACAUAUUGGUUUAACCGCCUCAAAUUGUAGAUUUAAAUUAACAUUAUGAUGAUCUGUAAGUUCAUUGGCCAAAUAAGAAUUUGCGGAAGACAUUUCAGAGGAUUUGAAAAAGACACCUGCUGGGAAGCUUUGCCUGAGACCUGAUGCUAAACGUAAAUUGUUGUUGGCGGCAUUUAUGGUUUAUUUUAAUGAAAAGAAUCAUUCUGAGCAGCUACAGGAUUAUCUUCAAAAAAAAAAUUUGGCUUAUAUUUUGAUUUGUGACCCUCUGAAAUGUUAUUCCCGAAACAG